AGGGGCUCCUGCUUGUCAGGUUCUAGCUCAGUUUUUUUGGCUAGACCUAUGAUCACUUCCGUGAGACUUCACUGCACACUUUCUCGAGUAUCUUCCUCAUCUCUAGUGUGUAUUUCCUCACCAUGGAGCUGCUACUUUAGCUAAGACAUGGCCAGCAAUGAUAGUAGUAAGAUAUGUGCUGACUAGCAGGCUCACGUGUGCAGUGUGGAGGACAAGCAGUGCCUUACAAAAUGGGAUUUGGGAGUGACCUGAGGAACUCACAGGAAGCUGUGUUAAAGCUGCAAGACUGGGAAUUACGGUUGCUGGAGACAGUGAAGAAGUUUAUGGCUCUGAGAAUAAAAAGUGAUAAAGAAUAUGCAUGUACUCUGCAGAAUCUUUGUAAUCAAGUUGAUAAGGAAAGUACUGUGCAAGUGAAUUAUGUCAGCAAUGUGUCCAAGUCUUGGCUCCUUAUGAUUCAGCAGACAGAACAGCUGAGUAGGAUAAUGAAGACACAUGCUGAGGACUUGAACUCUGGACCCUUGCACAGGCUCACCAUGAUGAUCAAGGACAAGCAGCAGGUGAAGAAGAGCUAUGUGGGCAUCCAUCAGCAGAUAGAGGCAGAGAUGAUCAAGGUCACAAAAACAGAAUUGGAGAAAUUAAAAUCCAGCUAUCGACAAUUAAUAAAAGAAAUGAAUUCUGCCAAAGAGAAAUAUAAAGAAGCCUUAGCCAAAGGGAAGGAAACAGAAAAGGCCAAGGAGCGCUAUGACAGAGCUACCAUGAAGCUCCACAUGCUGCAUAAUCAGUAUGUCCUGGCGCUGAAGGGGGCACAGCUCCAUCAGAGUCAGUAUUACGACACCACGCUUCCUCUGCUGCUGGACUCUGUGCAAAAGAUGCAAGAAGAAAUGAUAAAAGCACUAAAAGGUAUAUUUCAUGAAUAUAGCCAGAUAACCAGCCUUGUUACAGAGGAAAUAGUGAAUGUCCAUAAAGAGAUUCAAAUGUCUGUUGAACAGAUAGAUCCUAGCACAGAAUAUAAUAACUUCAUAGAUGUCCACAGAACAACAGCUGCAAAAGAACAAGAAAUCGAAUUUGAUACUUCCCUAUUAGAAGAAAAUGAAAAUCUUCAGGCUAAUGAGAUCAUGUGGAAUAAUUUAACAGCAGACAGUUUGCAAGUAAUGCUGAAGACCUUAGCAGAAGAGCUUACACAGACACAGCAGUUGCUCUUAAGCAAGGAGGAGGCAGUCCUAGAGCUAGAGAAGAGGAUUGAAGAAUCUUCUGAGACCUGCGAAAAGAAGUCUGACAUUGUGCUUCUUCUGGGACAAAAACAGGCACUUGAAGAGUUGAAACAGUCAGUCCAGCAGUUGAGAUGUGCUGAGGCAAAGUGUGCGGCACAGAAAGAAUUACUGGAGCAAAAAGUACAAGAAAAUGAUGGGAAAGAACCACCUCCGGUGGUAAAUUACGAAGAAGAUGCGCGGUCAGUCACAUCGAUGGAAAGAAAGGAGAGGCUCUCCAGAUUUGAGUCUAUUCGAAAUUCAAUUGCUGGAAUCAUUAGGUCUUCAAAGUCAACACUGGGCUCUUCAACACUAUCUGACAUGAUCUCAGUGGGCGAGAAACCGCUGGCGGAGCAUGACUGGUACCAUGGUGCCAUCCCCAGAAUAGAGGCCCAAGAACUGCUGAAGCAGCAGGGAGAUUUCCUGGUGCGAGAGAGCCAUGGGAAACCCGGUGAAUAUGUCCUCUCUGUCUAUUCUGAUGGACAGAGGAGACACUUUAUCAUACAAUUUGUUGAUAAUCUCUAUCGAUUUGAGGGUACUGGGUUUUCCAACAUCCCUCAACUUAUAGAUCACCACUUCUCCACAAAACAAGUCAUCACCAAGAAAUCUGGGGUGGUCCUGCUGAAUCCUAUUCCUAAGGAUAAGAAAUGGAAUCUCAAUCAUGAAGAUGUUACAUUGGGAGCACUACUCGGCAAGGGGAAUUUUGGUGAAGUGUAUAAGGGCACACUAAAAGAUAAAACUCCUGUUGCUGUUAAGACAUGCAAGGCAGAUCUUCCUCAGGAAUUAAAGAUAAAGUUUUUACAAGAAGCCAAAAUUCUCAAGCAAUAUGAUCACCCCAAUAUUGUCAAACUUAUAGGCGUGUGCACACAAAGACAGCCUGUCUACAUCAUUAUGGAACUGGUCCCAGGAGGCGAUUUCCUGUCCUUUCUGAGGAAGAGGAAGGAUGAAAUAAAGCUCAAGCAGUUGGUGAAAUUUUCCUUGGAUGUUGCUUCUGGCAUGUUGUACCUUGAGAGCAGAAACUGUAUACACAGGGACCUGGCUGCACGAAACUGCCUGGUUGGUGAUAAUAAUAUCCUAAAAAUCAGUGAUUUUGGAAUGUCAAGGCAAGAAGAUGGUGGAGUGUAUUCAUCUUCUGGCUUAAAGCAGAUCCCCAUUAAAUGGACAGCGCCGGAAGCUCUUAACUAUGGGAGAUACAGUUCUGAAAGUGACGUGUGGAGCUUUGGCGUCCUCCUCUGGGAGACAUUCAGCCUAGGAGUCUGUCCAUACCCUGGAAUGACGAACCAGCAAGCACGAGAACAAGUGGAGAGAGGAUACCGGAUGUCAGCCCCGCAGAACUGUCCAGAGGAGAUUUCUAAAAUCAUGAUGAAGUGCUGGGAUUACAAGCCUGAAAACCGCCCUAAGUUCAGUGACCUUCACAAAGAGCUCACUGUCAUCAAGAAGAGAUUCACAUAGUACCAGGCAGAGCCAGCCUCCACCUGCAGGCCUCUGUCCUCAGCCACCCUGAUUUUACACCACCUUACUGCAAGCAUCUUUGAAGGUUAUGGUUUUUGGUUUUUUUUUUUUUUUUUUUUUUUUUUUAAUUAAGUGGGUUUUUAAAGUAUGUUAAAGGCAAAUUUAUUCAAGAAAUAAAUAGUCCUUCCCAGGGCCAUAGCUAACCACAGUAGCCCUACCAUUUGAAGCCACUGUAGAGAGGAAAAAAAGCACAGGCCUAACUGAGAAGAUAAAAGGUCUAUCUCUUCAUGCCUAGGACCACCGAUGUUCUUCCAAGGUUUUCUACAUCAGGCAUAGCUGUGGGGUGCUCUCCUCUGCCACAGGCCCUCCUCAGUUGGUGCUAUAAACAGCAUUGGUAGCUCAUGCUUGCAGGACGCAUUCCCACCACAGUUGGCUUUCUACUCAGCCAAGACAAGAUUGUACCUAUAAAUAUAAUCAUAUAUUGGGAAUUACUUGGACCUCCUAGGGUUUUUCUUCUCUCUCCUAUCAGAACAAGCCCGGUGAGAACAUCACGCUCCUGGGUUAUUUUGUCUUUUACCUCCUCGGUUCAGGCUGCCGAAAAUGGUGUGUGGAAACGUUACAGAGGGCACACAGUAUAGAGGCAGCUGCUCCUACAGGGCAUACAGAGGAGAGGGGGACAGAGGAACAGGUGACCAGGAGGGCAGGUUGGGAAAGAAACAGCUAACCAGUGUGCAACGAGGAGAAGAAAACAAGUAGCCUUCCUCCCUGACGUACAGCUUAUAACACAAUGGUCUGAACUCCCUAACAAGGUCUGAGAAGUGAUUCAGGAGCUCACAGAGCCCAGUGGAAACUUCCCUAAAGAUCUACAGUCCACAAAAGGAGCAGCAUGAUUCUAAUUGUACAUCUUCAUCCUGGGGGACAGUCCCAGAAUGGCGUCCCCUUUAUUCGUGCCAGUUUCUGGACCUUCAGAGUCCAUGACUCACAUUCACAAACAUAUCCACGUAUGUCUACUGAAGGGCAUGGUUGCUCAUGAAUGAAAUUAAUGGGCCAGAAGUCAAAUCAUUGUUAAUGAAGACAAUCCCUAAGGAUACCCAUCACCUCCAUCUCCUCUUUUCCCCCAAAGCCACUACCUGGAAAUCCUACUGAUAGCUCACAGCUCUGCAAGCCCACUGUGUGUCAGAUGUAUGCCAGUUAAACUAGGAUUUGGUUGAACUGAAUCUUACUGUGUGCAGGGAACUUCCCCAUGAUCUGUCACAGUUGUCUCAGGAUCAUUGUUUCCCCGCACCACUGCAUGCAAAGCAACCUCCCUAUCCGUACAGCUCUCCCUCAGGUCAGGCAGAGCUCCCCUUCAAUGGCUCACACCACUGCAACCCAAGUACAGGGUGCCAUGCUCUGCAGGCGUCUGCCAGCCCUCAGAAGGAGAUAAGACCUUCCCUUUCAGGAUUUCCAAGUGAUUCUGUCUAUAAUACACUGUCUAUGAAAGAGACAAAACAGCAUCUCCCCGCUCAGCACUAUGGUCCCAGCAAGUGACGGGAAGCUUGGCUCCAAUCAGGGAUAAGACCGGAAGUGUAAUCCUUGCGUGUCCUGGUGGAAAGAGAACCAUGGCAUUGAUAUUUCACUCAUCUAAGCUAUUAGGAUUUGCAAUUCACAUCAUAACUCUUUGCUUAAAUUAAAAAGGCUUUUCA